AUGGACGGGAAAAGACACCCCAGCUCGUUUCAACAGCUGGAAAAGCUUGGUGAAGGCACCUAUGCUACGGUGUUUAAAGGCAGAAACCGACAGACUGGCGAACUCGUUGCUCUCAAAGAAAUCCAUCUAGACUCGGAAGAGGGCACGCCAUCUACUGCAAUCCGGGAGAUUUCUCUUAUGAAGGAGCUCAAGCACGAAAAUAUUGUCGCCUUGCAUGAUGUUAUUCACACCGAGAAUAAACUGAUGCUCGUCUUCGAAUACAUGGACGGCGAUCUUAAGAGAUACAUGGACACGCACGGCGAGCGCGGCGCUCUCAAGCCAGCAACAAUCAAGAGCUUCAUGUAUCAGCUGCUCAAGGGCAUUGACUUCUGCCAUCAGAACCGAGUUCUUCACCGCGAUCUGAAGCCCCAAAAUCUCCUCAUAAACAGUAAAGGGAUUUUGAAGCUUGGUGAUUUUGGUCUCGCUCGAGCCUUUGGAAUCCCAGUCAACACCUUUUCCAACGAAGUCGUGACCUUGUGGUACCGAGCCCCAGAUGUCCUUCUCGGAAGCAGGACGUACAAUACCAGCAUUGAUAUCUGGUCUGCAGGUUGCAUCAUGGCUGAGAUGUAUACAGGACGGCCUCUUUUCCCCGGCACCACAAAUGAAGACCAGAUUGUGAGAAUCUUUCGCAUCAUGGGAACUCCCACGGAACGCACGUGGCCGGGCAUCACUCAAUUUCCUGAGUAUAAACCUACAUUUCAAAUGUAUGCCACGCAGGAUCUGCGUAGCAUUCUUCAUGCCGUCGAUCCAACGGGUAUCGAUCUUCUUCAGCGCAUGUUGCAGUUGAGACCUGAACUGCGCAUCAGCGCCCACGAUGCGCUUCAGCACCGUUGGUUCAGCGAUUUGAUCAUGCACCAACAUCCGCAGCAGGCCUUGCACCCGCACUCUCAAUCGAGGGUCUUUCCAGUAGGUGUACCGGCGCAAAAUUAUGACAACUACUAG